GCGGCCGGGCCCCGGCCCGUCCCGCAGCCCCCCCGGCUCUAUGGUGGCGACCCCGAGGGGCCCCAGCCCGGCCCGAUGGCAAGGAGGACGCGGGGCAGUGAGGAACAAGAUGAAUUGCACUAUCAGGACACGGACUCAGAUGUGCCGGAGCAGAGGGAAAACAGGUGCAAAGUCAAGUGGACCCUCGAAGAGGAUGAGCAGCUGAAAGUGCUGGUGAGACAGUUUGGGCAGAAUGACUGGAAGUUCCUGGCAAGCCACUUUCCUAACCGGAGCGAUCAGCAGUGCCAGUAUCGAUGGCUGAGGGUAUUGAAUCCUGACCUGGUCAAGGGGCCUUGGACUAAAGAAGAAGAUGAGAAGGUCAUCGAGCUGGUGAAGAAGCACGGCACCAAGCAGUGGACGCUGAUCGCCAAGCACCUGAGGGGACGUCUGGGCAAGCAGUGCCGGGAACGCUGGCACAAUCACCUCAACCCCGAGGUCAAGAAGUCCUGCUGGACGGAGGAGGAGGACCGCGUCAUCUGUGAGGCCCACAAGGUCCUGGGCAACCGCUGGGCCGAGAUCGCCAAGCUGCUGCCCGGGAGGGCCCUGGGCCCUUCUGUGUCGGAGGCUUCCGGCCGAGGUGACGGUGGCCUCUCCCGCGGCAGGACGGACAACGCCGUGAAGAACCACUGGAACUCCACCAUCAAGAGGAAGGUGGACACGGGAGGCUUUCUGAGCGAAACCAAGGACUCCAAGCCCCUCUACCUUCUUUUGGAAGUGGAGGAACAGGACAGCCCGGGGGCCCAGCCAGCGGACCGCCAGAAGAGCCUCAUAGCCAGCUGGCCUGGCGACGCCCUGGAGCCGAAGGAGGAAGAGGUCAGUGAGGAGGAGGAGGAGGAGGAGGAGGCGGCAGCAGCUGCGGCCGCCAUCGCCACAACCCCCCCACACCAGGAGGAGACCCCCCCCGAGCAGCCGGCCGCAGCGGCGGUCCCGCGUCCUGCGGAGGGGGCCCCCGAAGAGGGGGAGCCCGAGGGCUCCCCCGACGACGGUAGCUCUCCGUACAGAUGGGUAGUGGAAGCGGCCAACUUCCUGUGCCCAGCCUCGGUGCCAGCCUUCACGGAAGCCCUGGAGCUGAUAGAAUCGGAUCUCGACGGGUGGUGCGACUUGAGCAACUUCGACCUGCCGGACGAUCAGUCUCCCGGUGGUGGCAACGGAGAUGGAAACGGCAAUAGCAGCGACGGCAGUCCGGUCCAGCGGACGUCCAGCAAGCCUCCGGCCUCCCUCCCCAGCGUGACCGAGUACCGCCUGGACGGGCACACCAUCUCGGACCUGAGCAAGAGCAGCAAAGGCGAGCUGAUCCCCAUCUCCCCGCGCACGGACGUCCGCUUCGGCACGCCCCCGUCCGUCCUCAAGCGGCACAAGAAGAGGAAGGUCACGCUGUCUCCGGUCACCGAGAACGGCACCAACACCAGCCUCUCCUUCUUGGACUCGUGCAACAGUCUGACGCCCAAAAGCACCCCGGUGAAGACGUUGCCGUUCUCCCCUUCUCAGUUUCUCAACUUCUGGACCAAACAGGACAGCCUGGACCUGGAGAGCCCUUCUCUCACUUCCACCCCCGUGUGCAGUCAGAAGGUGAUUGUCACCACCCCGCUGCACCGCGACAAGACUCCCCUGCACCAGAAAAACUCUGCGUUUGUGACCCCGGAUCAGAAAUACUCGAUGGACAACACGCCACACACGCCCACCCCUUUCAAGAAUGCCCUGGAAAAGUACGGACCACUCAAACCCCUGCCCCAAACCCCCCACCUGGAAGAAGACUUGAAAGAGGUGCUGCGAACGGAGGCGGGCAUCGAACUGAUCAUUGAGGAUGAGGUGAAGCCGGACAGGCCCAAGAGGAAACAAGGGCUACGCCGGAGUCCCAUUAAGAAAGUUCGGAAGUCUCUCGCUCUGGACAUUGUGGAUGAGGACGCGAAGCUAACGGUCUCUUCCCUGCCCAAGGUCAUGGGCUUCAAGAGGAACCAGUCCACAAGCUUCCUGUCCAGUUCCCUAAACCUGUCUUCGAGCAGUAAGGAGGACAACAGUUUGCUCAACCGGGGGUUCGUACAAGCCAAACCUCAGGCCAGGCCACAGGCCAAGCCGCACACCAAGCCGCAGAGCAAGUCUGAGAAGGCCUCGCUCAGGAAAACUCCAAGUCGACCCCAGGCUCCCGCCCCGAUGUCUAAAGCUUGGAAAGCGGUUGCCUGCGGUGGAACGAGGGACCAGAUUUUUAUGCAAGAGAAAGCCAGGCAGAUCCUGGGCACGCUGAAACAGAGCCACACGUCACGGACACUCAUUUUAUCGUGAAGGACUGGACCUUCUGCUUUUGUCUCUUCUAAUUUUUUUUUUAAUAAGGGCCGAUGGGGAAAUGGAUGCAUGCUUGGUGUGGGGUGGGGGGGAUCUCCCCCUUCCUUUGGUGACCCUGGCAUCCGGAGCCUCGGCAGGCUGUGAGUUGCCGGUGAGAUAAGGGGGAGCGGGGGUGGAUGGGGCUACACCACUCACUGUUUUCAGGCCUUCCUUGGCCCCCGCUUCCCAGGGGCUCUUCAGGUUUUCCUCGUCCUUAGAGGAGUAUCUCGGAACGACGCUAGGACCAGCGGAAAACCGAUCGGUGCGUUUCUCUGGAGCCUCCCCGGUGGAGGAGCGGUUCGGGUUGGGCCUGGGAAUCGAUUUCUCUUUGCCGCAGAAAAUGGAGAGCGGCUCCGCUCGUGGCUUUGCCUGCCUCAGUACAGGGGCCGGGCCCCGGGGUAAGGAAGCUGACGGGAGAGGGACCAUCUCAGGGGAGGGGGCUUGG